AUGUUCUUGAAGAAAAUGAAGCCUGGUUUUGCAUGUGCCAUGGUGGGCAUCAUCUCCAUCCAACUCAGCACUCCUGGUGCAGCUACACCAUUGAAGUCGGAUAAAACUGCCAUUGAUGCACUUGCGGCCCGCAACGCGACUGGCCUUCCGUCUCAUGUCACCAUCGAGUGUAUCUCCGGCCAGUGCUCCGAGCGCGACCGUCAGACCUUGGCCCAAGUUCUUGACAUGAUUGAAAACGAUCCCGCAGCCACCCAGGGCUGGAACAUCACCUCGUUUGUGGAGAUUGAAAACGGUCCCGCCAAGCAUGAAAAGUACGGCAUCAGCUUGGCUCGUCGCCAGGACGCCGUCAAGAACGAAACCGACUUGAUCGACCUUGACCUUGCUAUGAUUCACCACUGCAUCGCCACCAACUGUUCUAGCGAAGCCCUUGACGGCAUGAAGCACGAAAUGAGCACCUCUACCCUUCGCUGGCUCUGGCCUAUUUUGGGUAGACUUAAGGGAUUUAAGUUCAAUUAUGGCCUUGAAUAUACUAGGCAGUAG